GAAAAUUAAAUGUCUUCCAGAACCUGUGCUGUGUUCCUUCUCCUUCACAUAGAUUCAAAACCGCCCGGAGAAAUUGAACUGAAACGUUUUGGACUUUUUGUUUUGUUUUGUUUGGUGUGAGAGAGCAAGAUAAAAUGUUAGGGAGAAGCAGUAAAAGAGAGUUGGAUGUAUUUAUGUUCACAGUGAAGGUCAACAUCUUUUGUCCAAAGUUAUCUCUGUAACCAAUGAGAUUACAAAGACAUGCAAACUUAGAGAAGUCCAGGUCCAGGCCCAUGAUCAGAGGCUAAGAAUCGGCUCGGCUGUGUCUGACACGUGUUGUACACGUGUUUUCUUUCUGGUUCUCGGAGUGUCUUCUUUUCGGCUGGACACGUACGACUCUCUGCUACAAACUGUUUUUUUUUUAAAUAUCAAAGCUCCCUGGAUUCUUUUGCAAGCAGCACGUGAGAAACAUAAAAAAUAUUUGGAAAAUAAAAAAAUCCGACCUGCCGGAUUCGAACCAGCGACCUAAAGAUUACAGCAACUACUACAGUCUUCCGCUCUACCAACUGAGCUAAGGUCGGACGAUAAUAAUGCGAGCUCUUGAUAUAGCUUAUUGUUAUCUUAUUAGUGUUAAUGAACUAUCCAUUAUGGGCCUUACUAAGAAAAUAAGGCCCAACUUGUAUGACUUUUUCAUCCCUUCUGUUUCCCCCGCCAGUGGCUAUAAAACCAUAGCUCUUCAAAUUAAGAGUUCAGAUAUAUAUACAAGUAGUGCUCAUCAAGAAAUCAGACUAAAAAUGUAAGAAACUAUUUAUGAUGGAUGCAGAAAAGUUUUACAUAGCUACCAAAACUCUUACCGAUCAUUCGAAAUAUUUUACUAGUAAUCCAAAGAUCUAUGAUGAAGUUCGAGAUAAAUCAUAUCAAUCAUGUCACAAGACCAAGUAACUAGCCAUCUUUCUAAGAGAGAAGCAGCUAUCCCAACAGAGAACACAAAAAACAGCUUGUAGAGAGCACAUGGUAAGUGGUAAACACGAUUCAGACAAACAGAAAAUGUUUCUCAUGUCUCUGAAAUGAAUCUUGGCAAGAAACAAUGAUGUGAAUAAGUGAUGUCUCCCGAGACCAAAUCAAUUAAAUUUUUUUUCAUAUCUAUCAUCACUAAAUGCAUUUUCUAAUUGUCAACAAGAUUCUUGAAUUUUUGUCUAACUUCAUGAAAACAAGAAACUAGAAAUUUUAAUAGAGAAUUCAAAAUAGAUGAGGAAGAAAGAUCAAAAACUGAGGAGCGGGAGCUUGUGGAAUCUGUUGACCCAGUAGCCGUUCUUGCGAAGAGGAGAGAAGCAAAGAGAAGUAGGUGGAAAGCGAGAGAAGAGACAGGUUAGGUCUAAUUAAUCCAGGUUACUUGUAACUUUUUGGAAAAGUUGGUCGUUUCUUGUUUGUUUGGUUAAUCCACUGUAAUAGAAAUGAUUAAUCCACGUAAUCCGUUGAUUAACAAAGCACCAUUAGAGAAAAAUAGUUACCAAUACCAUCAUGCAACCAAAUAACUUUGUAAAUAUAAAAUUAGACCGGAAAGAAAAACAUAUUAAAGCACUAAUGUUGUGUUUACAAAUACACUAUAAAACAUAUCAUUUGCUCCAAACAUGUUCUGAAAUUUCGAAUUUUUUUCGAACCAUUGUUAAUUUAUGACGGUUGGUCGGUUGCUCACUAAAAUACAUCUAAUAUAUAUAGCAACCGCUGCAUGGUAAACAUAUAAUAUCUCCAAAGAGCUAAAAAUUCCCAACAAAGAUAGUUGUAGGUUCGUUGAGGACCGUUCCACUAACCCAUCUUCUCGUCUAAUCACCUUUAUAAAUACACAUCAACCACAUACUCAAAUUCAAACCACAGCGCUUUCUAAACCGGGCAUUAAUUGGACUCAGACAUGACAGGUCACGCUGGUUUAAGUAACAUGGAAACUGAGGAAGAGAAACAAGAAGCAGACGUACCUAAACAAGGCGGUGGAGAGGAAGACUGCGAGGAGGAUGACUUGUUCGAGAUAAACCUUGAGGCCGUGAGUGAUGCGAAGUCGUCUCGGCGGUAUGAAUGUCAGAGAUUUCCAGCAAGGACGGGGAGCGUUUUACUAGCGAACUGUCUGUUACCAGCUGCGGACAUCUCCGGUGCCGUGCCGGCGACGUCAAGGGCUUGGAAUGAUUUGGUUUGGUUUAAAAAGCUCCUCUAUGUUGAAAAUCUAGGGACUGAGAGUAAGAAGCUUAAUUAUUUUUGAAAACAAGGAAUUACGUUUUUUUUUGUAAUAUAUUCUACUUGUAUCUGUAGUGUAAUGUAUUUACUUGUAACCAUCUUUGUAUAUCUGAGUUGAAAGUCUUGAUCACAACAAAUGAGCUGAGAUAUGUUUGCUUUAUCCAAAUCAUCAAACAUCUAGCUGAUUUGCUAAACGUGGAAAAUGAGUAGAUCAAGAACAUUGCCGCUAAACCUAUCUUGUUACAUAGAUAUGAAAAUUGGGAAAAAUUUGUAGGCCAAGCAAGCAGAGGUUUAUUCCCAAGUCAAUUUCAGCGCCUAAGUUAGAGUGCCAAGAUUAGAUUAUGCCUUUUAUAAAACACGCUCUCCCUCUUGUUCUGGCAUUAAAAGUAGGAGACUAUACUGAAACACCUAAUCCAGAUGCUAAACCAACUCAUCUUCAUAAUCCAGAUGCUAAACCAACUCCUUGCCUGCUAACAGUGUCAAGCAUUGCUAGUUGGAUCUAAAUGGACAAUCAAAACUAAAACACAUCUCAUAACUUCCUACCAAAAGCAUAGGGCCAAAAGAAACACUUAACAAAAAAAUAUGCAUAUAAGCAUUUUGUUAUUCAUUCGUUCACGGCAUGAUGAACAUUCGGAUACUAUCCAUUCGGAUAAAAAGUAUCAACGAAUCGGAACUAAUCAAAAGUACAGUCCAAGAUAAAAGAGAACAUCUUUGAUGAAUUUUGUCAAUAAAAUUUACCUCUGAAAAAUCAAAGUGAAAGAUACAAACUUUGAAUCAAAUUCUCAUUUAACAUAUCUCCAAAGUCACCCAAAAAAAAAACAAGCCUUUACAACCUCGCUAUAUCAUAAACAGAGCAAAUCAAAACACAACGAGAAGAGAGAAGAGACAAUAGAUCAAGAAACAAGCGUACGAGAUCAACCCACGAUGCUCCUCCCCUCCACCAUCAGCCAAAGACACAACCAAACAAGCACAAGCCCUCGUGGCCCACAACACAAACACCCCCGCACCCACAAACCUAACCACCCCAGCUCCCUGCGGCACGAACAACAACGACACAGCAGAUAAAACCACCACGGGAAGCAAACAGUACACAACCAAACUCGUACACGUGUGCA